UCCGGUAGAGGCGCUGUAAGCAGUGAAUCAAGAUUAUACAUGGGAAUAUAUGUCGAGUCUGACAAAAACGUAACGUAACUCUCGCACGCAAAUUGAGUUACGCCUCCCUGUAAUCGUGCGGUGAACGCCUAAACGCGGGUCGCGUGUGUUUCGUGAAGUUUUACAUCGUUCCCGUUGCCGUUGUCUACGUCGUCGUGAUUAUCAUCGUCGUCGACGUCGCCGUCACCGCUGCCGUCGUCGUAGUCGUCACCGUGUGAUAUCUAAAACGUUUAUUGGAAUAUGAUGAUCUGAUCGAAAUUCAACAUGACUAUGAACUUCGCCGAUUAUUUUUGGGGCGAAAAAAAUAAUGGAUUUGACGUGUUGUACCAUAACAUGAAGCAUGGUGCAAUAGCCAGUAAGGAAUUAGCAGAGUUUCUAAGAGAACGAUCUGCCAUUGAGGAGAACAAUUAUAAACUCUUAAGUAAAGUAGCUAAACAAGCAAGUAACAGCAGUAGUACUCAAGGUACAUUUGCACCAGUUUGGGCUGCACUAAGAGGUGCAGCUGAAAAACUCGCUGGUCUGCAUCUGCAGAUGGCCCAAAGAGUUGCUGAACUUAUAAAAGAUGUAUCCAAAUAUGCCGAUGAACUUCACAAGAAGCAUAAAGCUGUGAAGGAAGAAGAAUCCUCGACUUUAGAAACAGUACAAAAUAUACAAGCCAUUACUGUAACUUUACACAAAGCAAAAGACUUAUGUACGCAAAAAGGCAAUGAAUUGGAAAAACUUAAGAAAGACAAUGCUAGCCAGAAAGAAUUGGAAAAAGCAGAAGCAAAAUUUAAAAAGGCACAAGAUGACUGCAAGACAUUAGUUGAAAAGUAUACGUUAAUAAGAAAUGAUUUUGAAACAAAAAUGACUCAGGCUUGCAGGCGAUUCCAAGACGUCGAGGAAGCACAUCUGAAACAAAUGAAGGAGUUCUUGAAUGUUUAUGCAGAUGUCUUACAGUUGAAUCAUGAACAAGUUGGUCAGGUACACGUGGACUUCAAGCGACAAUGUUUAGAAAUGACUGUUGAUAAAUUAUUGGAACAAUUUGUUCAAAGUAAAAGCACAGGCUUAGAAAAACCAGGUGUCAUCGAAUUUGAAGAUGUUAUGAUGAGUAUAGCAGAGGUCACAGGGCAUUCCCAAUCCGAGGGAGGUGUAGAACCAUCCAAGGAUACAUCAAAAGGAGCGAAUGGUGAAACUGGUGUUGCUGGUAACAGUCACGAUUCAAAACCAGAUAUGGGAUUUAAAGGGGAGGGUUCUCGAAUAAGUGGGGAUAGGGAAAUGGUGCAGGAAAAGGAUAGAGAGAAAGAAAAACAAAGGGACAGGGACAGAGAACUGUCACAUACGCAAGCCACCAAGGCUUCCCGCCGUACUACCUCUUUACUCAACCUGUUCAUGUCCAACUCCCAGGACAAGCAGAGACAAGCAGGAUCUGGUUCUGCACCUGCAACUCCUCAGGGAAACAAUCUACCUCCUGCUGUUCCACCUCCUACCAUCUGCAGGAACCCUCUCAGAGGAUCUAAAUGGUUUCUUCGCAGCAGAAGGGAAAAGAGGAAGGAAAAAAAGGCGAAGAAGAAGAAGGAUAUUAUAGAAACAAGCAGUAACAAAGAAGAAAAGUCUGACCUGGAAGAUAAAGAAGAUAGUAGAAAAUCUGAAACACCAACGCCAGAAGUAGACGAAGAUGGAUUUUGUAUCAGACCAAAGCCUGAUCCUUGGGAAAACGAGAAAGGAUUUUAUUCUAGUUCGGAUACAGAUUCGGAGGAUGAAAGGGAAAGGAAAAUACGAGUUGAGAUCAAACCUCUUAGUAAUGGAGCAGCACCGAUGAGUGCAAGUGUCGAUGAAUUAAGAGCAACAGUUGAAAAUUUAUCUUUGUCACCUGCCCCAACAGGACGUAGAGGUUCCAACACUGAUUCAGAUCAUCACAUGAAGAGGUCUCAAUCAGUAUCUCAACAGCUAGGAGGCAAGCCAAGCUCGGAUUUACUGGGCCUAAAUUUAUUUAAUCCCAGCAGUACGCCAUCCAGUGCCUCUACUCCAACCGGAAGUCAUCCUUAUGCACCCUUACAAAGUCCACCGCCUCUUUCUUCAUCUCCAAUACCACAACAACCGCAACCUCCUCAAUCUGCGCCACCAUUACAUCAACAUACACGUUUCCAAGAUGGCGAUUUAUUCUCAGAAGUUGGUGACAUUACACCAACUUUACCACCUAAACAAUCCGCAUCUUCAACGCCUACAGGAUCUAUCAUUAUUCCUAGACCGCCAUCUCGAAAAGGUGAAGGACCAUCCCCAAGAGGAAGAAAUUCACCUGCUCCUAUAUCCAGAGCUGAUAGUGUUGCCAGUUUAGAAUUUCGUACAGCAGGAGUUGGAGUAGGAUCUUCUAGAGGACCUUCACCGUUAACUAUUGGCCUUGCCGAUACCAUUCCACUAGCUGUGGCGUUUCAUGAAAUAGUUCAUUCCUAUUUUAAAGGCACUGACGAAACUCGAUGCCAAGUCAAACUCAGCGGUGACAUGAUGUUGUCUUUUCCUGCUGGUAUUGUUGCGGUAUUAGCAAAUAAUCCAAGUCCAGCUAAGCUUACUUUCCGCGUGAGAAAUAGCAACAGACUUGAAAGAUUACUUCCUAAUAGCCAACUCGUCAGCAUGGAUGCAACUCAAACUACCGUUGAUAGUACAAUUUUCGAGUUUAAUAUGAGUGCCUUAACUACGUUGUUGCGACGACAGGCAGAACAAAAUCCGUCGGCCUCCUAUUUUAAUGUAGAUAUAUUGAAGUAUCAAAUUAAAUGUAAAGAAGGCGCGGGUUCCUGUCCCUUUCAAUUAGUUGCAUAUUGGAAAUGUGAAUCUACUCAUACCGAUCUAAAGAUCGAUUAUAAAUAUAAUAGCCGUGCAAUGGCCUCACCAAGUCCACUGUUAAAUCUUCACGUAGCAGCACCUAUCGAUGGUGGCUUUAAGACUCUUAAUAGUAAACCUACAGCCCAAUGGCUCGCAGAUACAAAUCGCGUAUUAUGGAAAUUUACUGAAUUGUCCCAACAUAGCGAAGGUAAUGGUGUGGGUUCUUUAAAAGCAAGAGUUGAACUUGAACGUGGACCAGGUACUCAGGGAACUAUAUUUACUCAAUUUAAUUGCGAGGGGACCACACUGUCAGGUGUUGAAUUUGAACUUUUAGGUCCUGGUUAUAGACUAAGUUUAGUAAAACGCAGAUUUGUAUCUGGAAAAUAUAUAUGUGAUGGAGAUUCAGAUGCACGUACAAGAUAUGCUGCACCACCACCAUCCAACGCUGUCUGACAAUUUCCAGAAUGGAUAGCUCAGUGGGGAAAGCAACCGAUUUAAUAUUGGUAUUUGCUUAUUCACUCACUGCCUACUUUCAGGGCAUAUUUCACAAAGUUAAAACUUUAAAUUAACGCGAAAGAAAUUGUGUUGAAUAUCAAAAUAAUUAUACACAUGUGAUGAUAUAAUUCUA